AAGCCAGUGUCCCAGUGAGGUGGCGACGGCUGGGGAUGAAUGAGGAGAUGGGUGGAGGAGGGAUGGAGUGACCUAGACAAUAGAAGUGAGUUAGGCAUUGAGGGCUGAAAGCAGCGCGGAUGGAGAAUGCUGGGAAACCCUCAGAUCCCGAGCGUGGUGGCAGUCACAUGAUCUCGACAGAUGACUUGGAGUAUCCGCGAGAAUACCGGACGCUGGGGAACAGCGCUCGCCGUUUCUCCAAUGUCGGCCUGGUGCACACAUCGGAGCACCGCCACACCGUCAGCGCUGCCCAGAGCCUGGAGGCCCUGACCAACCUGCACAAGGUUGACAUGGAACGCAAGAGGGACGCCUUCAUGGAUCACCUGAAGAGCAAGUACCAGCAGCAGCAGCAGCAGCAGCAGCUGCAACAUCCGCAUCAUAGCCCACACCACAACCCACCAUCUCCCUCACCAUCUCACGCCAGCAUGAGGGGUACGUCAGAGCGGUCUGCACGAGAACAGCAACAGCCCAACUACUGGAGCUUUAAGAGCCGCAGUCCACGGCAUUCCCAGUCUACCCAGUCUGGGCUUGCCGACCAGGCCGCCAAGCUCUCCUUUGCCUCUGCUGAAUCCUUGGAGACCAUGUCAGAAGCUGACAUCCCCAUCGGGUUUAACCGGAUGAACCGAUUUCGCCAGAGCCUGCCGCUGUCCCGCUCUGCCAGCCAGAAUAAGCUACGAUCUCCAGAUGAAUAUUCAGGCGUGCUGUUCCUGCAGUACGGAGAUGAGACACGUCGGGUUCACAUCACCCACGACCUGAGCAGCCUGGAUACGCUGCACGCUCUCAUUGUGCACAUGUUCCCUCAGAAGUUGACAGCAGGUAUGCUGAAGUCACCCAAUACAGCAAUCUUGAUCAAGGACGAGGCGCGCAACGUCUUCUACGAGCUGGAGGAUGUCCGGGACAUCCAAGACCGCAGCAUCAUCAAGAUUUACCGCAAAGAACCCAUCUACGCUUCCUACCCUGCUGCUGCGCACCUGGCUAACGGAGACCUGAGGAGGGACAUGGUGUACUCGUCUCGCGACUCCUCCCCAACUCGCCGCCUCAACACCCUCCCCUCCUCUACAGCCUCUGCGUCCUCUGGUUCUCCAUCCCGCUCACGCCUCUCCUACAGCGGCGGCCGUCCUCCAUCCUUCACUGGGUCCCACUCCCAGCAUGAACAGCCCAGACAUCCCCACCAUCCCUCAGCAGGCCACAGUGCCAACGUAGGCCUGUCUCCCUCGCCCAGCGCCAUCCUGGAGCGCCGCGAUGUCAAGCCUGAUGAAGAAGUUUCUGCAAAGAAUAUGGCGCUGAUGAAGAACGAGGGGCUGUAUGCAGAUCCCUACAGCCUUAUGCACGAGGGCCGCCUCAGCAUCGCCUCCACUCAGUCGUUAGCUGCCAUCGGAGACCCCUUUAGCUUCCCUGUUUCCAGUGGCCUAUACCGCCGUGGCUCUGUGCGCUCCCUCAGCACCUACUCAGCUGCUGCUCUUCAAGGGGACCUGGAGGACUCCCUCUACAAGCCUGGAGGUUCGCUCUACGCUGACACAUACUCCUCAGCCACACUGGGCAUGGGUUUUCGCAUGCCGCCCUCAUCCCCGCAGAAAGUCCCUGACAUGCAGCUGAGGGACAGAGACUCGUAUUCUAGCUCACCCAGCAGAGCCUCACCUGUCAGGCAGACCUUCCGCAAGGACUCUGCCUCCUCCUCUGUGUUUGUGGAGAGCCCGAAGUCAAGGCCCAGCUCCAGUUCAGAGCCUCUGUGCCUGACAGCUGGGCCUGGGGAGGGCGGCAGGGCCACACCUGGCUUUGGUUCUUCAAUGUCUGGACAGGACCCUGACAGCAGCAGGGAUCAUCGCCUGGAGCGUAUGGAGGCAAUGGAGAAGCAGAUAGCCAGCCUUACUGGCCUGGUCCAGAGUGUGCUGACCAGAGCACCAGACAGUGAUAGCACAUGCGGCCUGCUGCGUCUCUGCAUGAUGGCGGGCUGCCCUCCGGACCAAGGGACGGAGUUCUCACGGCCAUUACCUUUCUCUUCCAGCGAGAAGACCGAAACCAACAGUGACGGCUCCACCACUGGAACAGGACGGCUGAAACAGAAAGCUCAUACACCGUCGGCACCUCUAGCUCUGAUGCCGCCGCCGCCUUCUAAUACAACCCCGGUAAACAGUGCCGGCCGCUUGCAGAUGCAGCUCCACCUGCACGGCCUGCAGCAAAACGCCACCGACCUGCGCAAACAGCUUGGCCAGCUACGCAAGAUACAGAUGGAGAACCAGGAUUCGGUGCGAACUCUGUUGAAGCGGACAGAAGCGGAGUUAAACGUACGUGUGGCCGAUGCCUUGAGGAAACAGGAGGAUCCUCUACAGAGACAGCGCCUCCUGGUGGAGGAGGAGAGACUCAAGUACCUCAACGAGGAGGAGCUUAUCAUCCAGCAGCUCCAUGACCUGGAGAAGUCAGUGGAGGAGAUCCAGAAGGAGUCGUCUGUCAACCACAAGCUGGUGACAGUGCAGGAGCUGGAGGAGAAGGCCACUGUUCUGAGAAAGCUGGGAGAAACACUCACAGAACUGAAAAAUCAGUUCCCAGGCCUGCAGAGUAAGAUGCGGGUGGUGCUCAGGGUGGAGGUGGAGGCCGUCAAAUUCCUGAAAGAAGAGCCACACAGGCUUGAUGCCCUUUUAAAACGCUGCAAGACUAUAACUGAUACCCUCGCCACCAUGCGCAAACAAGCAAAUGAUGGAGUGUGGAAGAAGCAGGAGGACUUCUCUAUUCCUUCAUCAAAGCACAACGACGACUUGCGAAAGUUUUCAGACUUUGACCUCACCACUAGCCCACCACUCACCAUCAAUGACCUUGGGGGAGGCAACAGCCUGUCCAACUGGAGCCCCCACUCCAGCCUCAGCCGUGGCCACGGGAACCUGUCUGGCCCUCACAAGGACAAUCAUCCUCCUGUUCCCCACAAAGGCAAAGCCCUGGAGGAGCUGGAACGGCGUGCUUUAGCUGACAAAGCUUUAUCCGUGGAGGUCCGACUGGCAGCAGAGCGGGACUGGGAGGAGAAGCGGGCCAGUCUGACCCAGUACAGCGCCCAGGACAUCAACCGGUUGCUGGAAGAGACCCAGGCUGAGUUAUUAAAAGCUAUUCCAGACCUGGACUUUGCUGCCAAGCAAAUAAAGCCCUCCUCUAACACGGCAUCCUCCCAAAUCCCCCAAAGUGGAGUAGGAAACCCAGAGCACCGCGUCAGCAAGCCCCAGCACAAGCUCUCUGGUAAAGAUGGAGGAUCCAGGCGUGGCUCUGAUGAGUUGACAGUGCCGCGGUAUCGCACAGAGAAACCCUCCAAGUCUCCUCCUCCUCCACCACCUAGACGCAGUUUCCCGUCUUCUCCAGGCAUAACCAGCCGCAGCGGAGAGCCCCUCAUUCCUGGCAAAAGUAUAAAGAAGUCUGAAUCUGAAGAAACUGAAGGUCAGAAGCCUCAUGUAAAACUGAGGAGGACCCUGUCUGAAAACCCCCGUCCUGCGUCUACACCCCCCACACUUGCCUCUGGGGACAAGGAGGAAGGAGAGGAGGAGAGAAUUGCUGCCGAAUUGGAGCUGUCCAGCUGUGCCUUAGCGGACUGCUCUAAACUUGAGAGAGAGCUGCAUGGGGCAGACCACACAGGCAGCACAUCAGUUGCAACAGGAAGGCGCUUGUCUCCUGUUCCUCACAUCGUGUUGACAGAGUGUUUGCCAGCUUCGCCGACUGCCUCAGAGGAUCCUGUCAGAGAUUCAGCAAAUGACCCUGUAGAAGAGAGUCCAUCCCGAGAUUGGACUGAUCACCACACCGUCUACCAGACUAAAUUUUCAAAAGAAAGGGAUUCAUUUGGAAGCCCUCCUCAGCGAGAGCAGCAUUGUUUUAAGGAUGAUAUGGAGUUAAAACACGAAGUUGCUCUGCUGUUGACAGAGCUGGAGGUGAGGGUGGUGUCUCCCGUUGAGGCCAAGGAGCUCUGCAGGACUAUCGGAGAAGCUCUGCAGAUCCUGAUUAUCUCACCACAGACUAAUGAAGUCCCUGAGGUCCAGCUGACUGGCCAGCCUCUCCUAGUGCUACUACGAGAGGAAAAAACUGUCAGGGAUGCCUACAGGCUGCUGUAUUCCCUUUUGGAGUCAUCCAAGCCAGUGCCCAAACCCAGAAUAAAAUCCUCCCUCCACUCGGGCCAGCAGAGCUUUCUGGUGGAGGCUCUAAGGAGAGGGAUAGAUACAGGGGAUCGAGUGCUGACACUUCAGCACAACACAGAAAUUAAGAUUCCUGAGGUACAGCAGAAAUCAAUAAACAUUCAUCUUAAGUCCAGUGGGUCAUGUAGCUCUAUGGGCAGUCUAUCCAGCCAGAGCCAAAGAAAAACAAGAGAAGACAUCCGAUGCAGCACCUACAGGAGGCUGGACAGCUUGGAGGAGACUAUUCGUGAGCUGGAGAACACCUUGAUAGAGAUCAGUGGCCAUCCAACUGCAGAGCUGCUCUACACUGAGACAACCAUCAAAAGCACUCCUGUACAGAUGACAGGUAGUCCGACCUCAGAGACCAAGAAGCCACCGGUUCCACCCAAGCCCUCCUCUUUCAGCCCAGCAUCGAUCCAGGGAGGGAAUAGUUCAAGUGUUGGUAAGGUCCUCCACUCCUCGGCUGCCUCCAAGCUAAAGCACCUGCAGCAGAACAGCACAGACAAGACUAAAAGUGGCAGAAGAGAGGACAUCCUGAAGAUCCAGGGCCAGCACCAGACGUGCCCACCGUGGGUGACCUCUCUGCUCGGCCCACAGAUGAAGGCCUUGGGGACCAACAGCACCAGUGGCAGUAUUGAGCCAUACCUCUCUGAUAUCAAAACAGGAAUUUUCUCAGGCCGAGUGCCCUCUCCUGCAGCAGCAUUUGCCCCUGGCCUGAGGAAGUAUCCCCAAGAGGGGUCAAUGCCCUCCCUGACAGCCUCCUCCAGCCAAGCGAGGGCCCUGCUGGCAAGCCUGUCUGCCUCCGGCCUGAGUGCUGAGGCCCUGCUCCUCUCCUCCACCCUCCGUCAUCGCCGCCUUCUACGUGAGCAGCGAGCCUCCUCCUUGCCCCUGCCCAGCAGCCAGUCUUCCCCUCCUACUCCCACUGCUACCUCCCCCUCCUCUUCCUCUUCACCCACCACCUCUACUCCCUCCCUGUCUCCCUCCUCUCCCACCCCUUUGCGUUCCCUUACCCUCUCUUCUGCGGUUCCCAAGCCCAGCGGUUGUAGCUCCAGCCUCAACACCUGUAAGGAGGGGGCCAGCGAGCAUGUGAAUAAGGGCUUUGCCCCUGGCAACUCCCGGUAAUAAAGAUGAGGAUGAGGACAUGGGAGAAUUCAAGCACCGUCACAUCAUGAAGAAAAAACAACUACAAUAAGGACAAUUUCAGCAUUUUUUUCAUGGGCUUUUUCAUCUUCUUAGUUUUCCUCUCUACUUUUGGCCUCACUCCAGUAUGCAGUCUUCAUGUUUCCAUGGCAGAAACUACCGUACUGUAAAUUUAGUCACAAUCUUUUUUUUGGACAAGUUUCCUACUCUGAUCUGGUUCCAUAGUUGUUAGUGGAGACAUCAUUUCUAGAAUGUGACUUUUAUCAUAGAAAUAAGAGCUGCAAUAAUCACCAAGUGAGUCCAGUAGUUGUGUGUGUUAAUAUUGCUCUCACUUUCCUGCAUCACCUGGCAGAAUGUGCUCAGCAAAAAGAAAAUCUAAAGUAGAUCAAGGUGAUGAUUGUGGUUUCAAUUUCUGUUUUGUGUUAAAAGGCAUUUCUCUGGCUUUUCUUGCAUCCCCUGUGUUUUAAACUCUGAACUGGUGCUAUAUUUUCCCCUCCGUUUGUACACACUGUGUAAAAGGUUUACAUGAGUGUCCUCACUCUGUUUUGCUUUGUUGCAAGUGUACAUUCCACGUUCUGACUUUGAUUUUAUGUCACACUGUUUGAAUAUUUAUAUACAUCACUACAGAAUGAGAUCCUUGCAUCAGAAAUUACGAACAAUUAUAGGACAUUUUCAACUUAAAAAUGAGGACGUAUUCACAAAAGCACAUUGUAGGGAGCACAUUUCUAUUUAAAAUAGAACCAGAAGGUACAGUUACACAAACAGAAGGAAUGGAUGCAAAUGGUGAAUUGUAUAGAUAUUGAAUUCAUGUAUAUGUGUAUUUACUAGUUAAUUAUGACAAUCAGGAGGUUUCCGCAGUAGCAUCUUAUAAGUUGAUCUGGCAUUUAAGCACCUGACAUCACAAACCUUCCCAAAGACUCAAGCACACACAGUGAUGAAUAACACACAAUCUCUCACACAUUCUGCACUUGUAAAGCCAAGCUGUUUGCAACAGCAAGUCUUGUGUGAUGAUUCAUUUUCACAUCUGUUGCACCAAUGAUAAAGAGCACCCUGGUAAGAUAUAUACCACAUCGACCAGAACAUGGUUUCACUCUUUAAGGAAUCUAAUCUACAGAGUGAUGGAUCAAGUGGUUUCAUUUGGGACAUUUGUUUCUUUUAAACUUCAAAUUUAUUCUGAUGAGAAGCAGCUUCCAAAGUUGUCAGCACCUUCUUUGAACAAGACCAAAAUGUAUCUUUCAAUGCAGUGAAUCGAUCACACUUCAACAUCUAUUAAACUGUUUCAACUCUUGAGCAGUGUUUGAAAGAUAAAGAAAGUUGAUCAGCACAUAUUUACAGACUUCAGAUAUAGCUUGACCAUUAAGGGGCCUAAAAUGAGAAUAUAAAAAUAUAAAGCAAGCACAGUUUCCUCUUAAACACCCUUUCCUCUAAUUUUGAGCUUGUGAAUCUGCUUAAAUAUGACAAGCACAAAGCUACAAAUGUUCCUUGAAGGAAGAACAAAAACAUCCCUGCAUAUUUAAAAUACUGUACGUUAGAUUUCUGAUAUUGCUGUUGCCUCAUUUGGUUUUAUUUCCUGCAUGUUGAAACAGUUAUGAAUGUUAGGCCUUUGGUGUGCCUCAAUGACGGUAGUUGAAGUUAGAACUAUUUAUAGCGCAUCAAAGGCCUGUCAGCGAUUCCCUACGUGUGAACCCCGCACAAGGAACCAUUUUGAUGCUCCCUGUCCUGUGUUAUUGCCUUAGGGCUGCCCACUGGGGAGGUGAUGAGGUACGGAUAGGCAUAGACAAAGUGAUUUUUUUUUUCAGUGGUUCACUAAAAGGACUGUGUGAAAUGGAUUUUUUUGUGGCACUGAGAUUAAAACGUGCAAAAGGGGAUUGUGUCAAAGAGUAGGGAGUUUGAGGAGAGGGGAUUAGUUUGGGGACAUGUGUUUGAAGGCUUCUUUAAUAAGGCUGGCAUUGACUUGCCUUGUCUCCAUCGAGAGUGCUUAUGAUAUAAAAAGACCCAAAGAGAUGCGAGGAAGGGUCUGACAGUCAGAGAGCCAUUAAGCGGCUGUUCUUUCCCUGCCCCUCUCGCUUUGUCUUUGUCUUUGUCUUUGUUGUGGGGCGUCUUUGAACUAAAAACCACUCAGUUGAGGUUAUCCUAGGACAAAGUUUGAUAGGCCUCAAUAUGAACAGUAACAGCAAUUUUGCCAAGGCAGUGCUCUUUGUGAAACUGUCUGUUUGUCUUCAAAGAUCAGUUACCAUGUUUUCCCAGUGCCUCUAAGACUUUGUUCUUAUUAGAAAUCCCCAGUUGAUCUUGUAUUACAGUAUUAGAUCAGCACAGCAAUGACAGAAUAACACUUUUACCCAAAGAAGAGGCUGCGGGAAUUGCCUUGUUCCAAUUUUUUUCACAGAAAAAAAGAAAAUAGCACUUGAAAUGCAGAGUUUGUCAGGUUGCAGCGGUGGCAUUUGACUAAACACUCCCGGAGCUCUAACAAUGCGCAAAACUGCAAGUUCACAGCACAGCGAAUUAAGCCUCACCCUGGGUGCUCUGUAGCUCUGCCAGACAGGUUCAAGCCCUGGGUUUCAUAUUGAGUGAAGUCAAAUGAAAGAAAUUCACUUACUCAUGCUGUUCCACACUCAAAUCCAUAACUCUCCGAGUUAAAUUUGCUGCAUUUGCGUCUGGUGAGCGUUGAAGAGGAAGUAUUCACGCUUGGCUGCUUUCCCCAAGUAAAGUCUGAGAUGAAACCUCCCUGAAUUGCAUGGCAGUGCUCGCUGGAAUGAUUCUUUCAAGACAAGUUUUAGUGGGCUGUGAUUUCAACAUGGCUGGAGGCUUAGAGGGCAUGUGGCAGACACUCACAGGAAAUGCCCCUGGCAAUCAGAAAAACAUGCAAACUUGAAAUCAAACAUAGAAGAAAUAUACAUAUAUAAAUAUAUCUAAGUGAGAUGUUUGUGUAUGAUAUAAUUGUGAAGAAAAGUGUGAUAUAUAUAUAGGCCUAGAUUAAAUUAUAUACUGUAAAAUGUCAUCUCUUCAGUUUUAUAUAUUAGUGAUCAUUUUGUACAGUUUUCUUUUUUAAUUCAUUGAGAAAUAUAUUACAUUUCACACUGAGAUUAUUUAUUCAUAUGCAGAACAUUUUUAUAUUUGUUUAAAUAUCUUUAUAGAUAACAGUUAGCCUCUGUAAUAUACGCUGAAGUUCAUUUUUAAAUUCUAGGGUUUAUUAUUAUUUAUUUACUAUUUUAGAUUUUAUGUAAUUUUGAAGAGCUUGUCCCUGAAAUUGCUUGUCCAGCUCAUCUGCACCUUUGCCUCCUUAUGUGAAGGGUCACUAUUGAGGUGUAAGAGGCUGGAUCAGUGCCUGUGCUUAGGGGCUUAUUUUGCUACUAUGUUUGUUUUAGGGGGUUGUUUUCUGUACCUAUGGUCUGUUUUUGUUUUGUUUCACCCCAUCCUGUAUUUGUGAUUCAGCUGGUAUUAGUGAGUUAGAGAUGGUCAGAAACACAGAUAUUGGGGUAACUACUGUGAAAGGGCCCAAAGGCUUCAUAUAGAGCCUUGCUGCUUUGACAAAAGUAAGUUACAUGGCUUUAAUUUUCCUCUGGGUCAUGUCGGCAUGUGAACAGGAGUGGAAGCAACGUGAAUGUGGAUGCUCAGUGCAAAAGCAUUCAGAGACAACAGGUUCUUAAUCAUUAAAACAGGAACAUUUUGUUGCUCAUUCAGUUCCAGUUGUUGAACUGAGUGGCUUUAAGUAGGAGUUAAGCUAAACCACAGAAGUUGUUAAAACCACCAAGACGGAUCAAUAAGGGAAUUAUGUGGCGUUGUGUGAAUUAAAAGUUUUAUCUCUUCCUUUGCCAUUGUAUCUUUUUUUUUAUAACAAACCUACAUUCUAUAGUAUGUAUCGGUAUAUGAGAUUUUUACAUGAAUGUGUGGAUGUUCAAAAAUCUUGGCAUCAAAAGGAGAAAAACAAAAUUGACUUGUAAAUAUGCCGAGUUAUUCCUAGCGAGUUCAACAAAUUGUUAUGUCCAAAAGAUGUUUUAUUAAUAAACUUUGACGAUGGGUACAAAGGUAUAUACAAAAUAAUGCAUGUAUAGUCUCAAGCAAUCGCACGGUGCAGUUGAAAAAAAAAUGUCUACAUGUUUUCUCAAAAAAAAUGAGAAAGAGAGGAAGAUAAAGGCGGUUUUGUGAUAAAGGUUUACAAACAUGAAGAAUGAGACAUUAUUUUGGUAUUUGUGACACAGGCAUGUUCAGUCUUACUGUGAUGUUAUGUGACGAUGAGGAUGACGAUAUAGUGGCCGAGAGUGUUGAACGCACCCCAACCAGAAAAGGCACCAGUGAUGGUGUACUCUUUCCACAGAGUGAUUCUCCCAUUUGUAGAGUAGUGUGAUAUAAGAACAAAAAUAAUAUAGAAAAUAGAUCUAUAAUAUAAUGAUAUAUAAAUUUAAAACCCUACUGAUACUGGAGAUACUAAUUUAUCAGUGUGGAUGCCAUGAUAUUCUGUGAGAAAUGUGUGUUUUUCCUGUGAGAAGACAGUAGGCAGUUGAACCUGCCUUCUUUUGUACAUAAUUUGCUGUGAUUGUGUGUCCAAUAAAGUGCAGCUCUCUUGUACAGUG